GAAGACAAAUCAAGCUGCUCCCCUGUAUAGUAGCACUCCCUAGUCUUUUGUCUUCAUCAUCAAAUUCUAUAAAACUGCAUUUAUUCACAAUGAAUAACAGCCUUAAUUAAAAACAAAACAAAACAAAACGGAUGUAGUUCACAUUAGGACUAUCCCAGAAAUGAAACAAAGCUAGUUAUUUAAGGAUAAGGGGAUAUCCUGUAAGAACUGUGAGAAACCGUCAUUUUCACUUCCCUUCUUAUCAGGAAUAUAAAACUCACACCCCAGUCCACAAAAACAGAACGAUCAAAAUGGACACACUCCUUUUCCUCCUUGUUGUUUCAACAAUACCGCAUCUUGUUAUAUCAGCGGUUCCCUCUGUGGCCCCGUACCAAGCUGUGAUAGAGCAGGUGCAGGGGGCUUCCAGGAUAUUCUCCGGGGAAACGGUCCGUCUGAGAUGCAGCGUGCCUGAGGACGACAGGUCCACCUGGACGCACCUGUGGUUCAGGGGACGUGAGAAGAUCUUCCAGGGGGACGAGCUCGUCCUGUGGAACAUGAAGGUGAAACACAGUGGGAAGUAUUACUGCCAGGGGGUGAGGGACACGCUCAUAGGACUCAUUCAUACCCUCCAAAGCAUCCCCAUGGAGAUAGAUGUGGAUGGGGGAUGGGCUAUCCUUCAGGUCCCAUCUCAUCCUGUCCUGGUUGGAGAGACCAUGAGUCUGACUUGCCGUGUCCGUGACAACCCUAAACUUCGAGAAUUGCUGCUGUACAGAGAUGGUGUUGAAGUUAUGAGACAGAAAGGCCCCAGCCCACAUUUCCACCUGACCAACAUCACCGUCAAGGAUUGGGGAACGUAUUCUUGCAGGGCGACCUGGGAUGUACGAAGACGUUCGCACUCUGUAAUCUCGGUGCCCGCUGAUGUCAUUGUCUUAGAGGUUCUAACACAGCCAGUUUUGGAGGUGGUGCCAAGGGAUCCUCUGGUUCCGGCCAAUUUGAUGAGGCUCAUCUGCCAUUUCCAGUACAACGCCCAUGUUCCUGCUCCUCCAGUAGACGUCUACUUCUACAAGGAUGACGAGCGGCUCACCAUGGCAUCCUCUGAGAAAUAUGUAGUGGUCCCUCCAAACCCAGGCCGGUAUCGUUGUAAGGCCAAGGUGUCCGUGUUGGGCCUGGUGAAGUGGAGUGAGAGCAAAGACUUUGGACAAGUGAAAGAAACAAAGAGGAUACUUCACCCAAUUCCUCAGCCCCGAGCCCCAAGGCCUUUAGGUCCUGCAGCCACACCCCCUUCCCUCACACCACCGCCUGCAAUUGGGUCCACAACAGCCUGGGCCACUUCCCAGCAGCCUGUCAAAGCUCCUACCUACCCUCCGACCACACAUGCCCCACGGACGUCUGUGCAACCAGUGGCAGAAUCUCACACGACAGUUCAGCCCAAGAACCAAACUGCCCUACCAAAGCUUAUUGAUAUGUCUGGGGACUUUCCUGAUUCCCUGGAUGAUUUUGAUGUCAUCCAGUGACCAGUUAUUGUACAUUUAAGAUAAUAAUGAGCAAAUUCCAUAUCUUAACAUACUUGGUUUUUAAUUGUUCAAGCCAUUGUGCUACCAUUACAGGCUUUAUGACAGAGAAUCAUAACUUGUGUGAUCUGCAGUAUUCAUAUUUUACAGCUUACCAAGUGUCAACUUUAUGUACUUUAUUGUAGAAUAUUAAUGCAUUUAGUAGUAUUUGAAAUCAUGCCUAAUACAGUUUUGUUUAAAGCAAAUAAAGUAUUUCAUGACUUA